AUUCCCGGAUUGCCUAUUGCCGAGUUUCAAUCUGACAGCCAGCGUAGCUGUAGUGCUCGUACGUUAUCAUUAAUCAUGGAAUUAAAUGCUCCAACAAAGAAGCGUCGAAUGGGCGAAGGCAAGCUUGCCGGCAAGUUUGCGCUUGUUACUGCAGCUGCUCAAGGCAUCGGAGAGGCAACAGCCAGAAUGUUUGCUGCUGAAGGGGCGUCUGUAUUAGCAACUGACAUUAAUGAAACCAAACUGGCUGAGCUCAAAGAUGUUGAAGGAAUUCGAGUGGCUGUACUUGAUGUCUCGAAUAGCGAGGCUGUGACAAAACUGGUGGCGUCAUUACAAAACUUGGAUAUUCUCUUCAACUGUGCAGGGAUUGUCCAUGAUGGGAACAUAUUACACUGCAGUGAAAAGGACUGGGACACAUCAUGGAAUGUCAAUGUGAAAAGUAUGUUUUUCCUGUGCAAACAAGUCAUACCCAAAAUGAUGGCUAAUGGUGGUGGAUCCAUCGUGAACAUGGCAUCAGUAAUUUCUAGUAUCAAAGGUGCCGCCAACCGAUUUGUAUAUGGUACGACUAAAGCUGCAGUAAUUGGCCUCACUAAAGCCAUUGCUAUUGACUUUAUAGAGAAAAAUAUUCGUUGCAAUGCCAUCUGCCCAGGAACGGUUGAUACUCCAAGUUUGCAUGAACAUGUAAAUGCACAGCCAGACCCCGAAAAGGCAUACAAUGCGUUCAUUGCAAGGCAGAAGAUGGGUCGUCUGGGUAAAACAGAAGAAAUUGCAGCUUUAUGCACGUUCCUUGCAUCUGAUGAGGCAGCCUUUAUCACUGGGACAGAGUAUGUUAUUGAUGGUGGCUGGACUCUAUAUGUGGCAAGUCAGUUGGAUGGUGUGCUUUCCAUGUCGUCACAAUUCCAAUACUGUCACUAUCUCAAGACAUUGUGUGGUCACUGGUCAGCAGAUCAUCCAGCUAUUUGUAUGACUAUAUUUCUUUGGGUCCCGGAUUGUCUAAAUUUGCUAGGAGCGUGUAGCAUGGAAUUAGAUCCUCCAGCUAAGAAGCGUCGAACGGGAGAAGGCAAGCUUGCCGGCAAGUUUGCACUUGUUACUGCAGCUGCUCAAGGCAUCGGAGAGGCAACAGCCAGAAGAUUUGCUGCUGAAGGAGCGUCUGUAUUAGCAACUGACAUCAAUGAAACCAAACUGGCCGAGCUCAAAGAUGUUGAAGGAAUCCAAGUGGCUGUACUUGAUGUCACGAAUAGCGAGGCUGUGACAAAACUUGUAGCAUCAUUAGAAAAAUUGGAUAUCCUCUUCAACUGUGCAGGGAUUGUCCAUCAUGGGACCAUAUUAGACUGUAGUGAAAAGGACUGGGACAUAUCAUGGAAUGUCAACGUGAAAAGUAUGUUUUUCCUGUGCAAACAAGUGAUACCCAAAAUGAUAGCUAAUGGUGGUGGCUCCAUCAUCAACAUGUCAUCAGUAGCUUCUAGUAUAAAAGGUUCCGCCAACCGAUUUGUAUAUGGUACCACUAAAGCUGCAGUAAUUGGCCUCACUAAAGCCAUUGCUGUAGACUUUAUAGAGAAAAAUAUUCGUUGCAAUUCAAUCUGCCCAGGAACGGUUCAUACUCCAAGUUUGCAAGAACGGAUAAAAGCACAGCCAGACCCCGAAAAGGCAUACAAUGCCUUCAUUGCAAGACAGAAGAUGGGUCGUCUGGGUAAACCAGAAGAAAUUGCAGCUCUAUGCACGUUCCUUGCAUCUGAUGAGGCAGCCUUUAUUACUGGAACAGAGUAUGUUAUUGAUGGUGGCUGGAGCCUCUGACAUACACAGACAUGGAGACGGUUACUGGCAGUAAACUCUACUUUUGAUACUCGGGUGUAAUAUGUCAGUUGGAUGUUAUGCUUUCCAUGUAGUCACAAUCUCCAAUGCUGCCUUGAGA